AUGUACGUGAGAAGAAACACGAAAGGAAAUGAUCCGGACAACAAUGGCCCGAACAAGAAGCGGAAGGAAGGGGUAGGUUCUGAGCAGCUCGACGUGAAAGAUGGUAGCCAACUGCAGCGAUACGUCCAGAUCCUCGGGACCGACUCGAGCGACUGCUGCCCAUCCAUCCUCGUCGUCACAGAGGCUUGCAGGAUCGUCUUCAAUGCCGGCGACGCACAGAGGCUCUGUUCCCAGUACCAAGUGCGGCUGAACAAGCUGGAGCACCUGUUCCUCACAGAGCUACAUGCUGACACGCUGGGAGGGCUGUUGGGGAUGUACCUGACGCUGUCUGACUCGGGAGUGAAGAAACUUUCUGUCCACGGGCCGAGGGGGGUUACGCAUUUCCUGAGAUCAGGUGGCAGGCCAGAAAGUGAGCUGGUUCCUGUUGAGAUCCCGUCGGGCGAUGUGCAACCUGUAGUCCUCGAUCAUGUCUCGAUCCUUCCUCUCCCGACAAGUGAGGUUGAGAAGAGCGAGAGGGUCGAGGGUGUGAAGGAAGAGAGUGACGGAGAGGGGGAAGAGGCUGAUGGCAAGAAGAAGAGGAACUUUGUCCCCUCCUCUACACUUGCAGUCAGCUACCUGUUGAGGUUCGCAGACGAAGCAGGAAGGAUGGAUGUCAACAAGGCACUCUCCCUGGGUGUACCCAAAGGUCCCCUCCUGGGACAGCUCAAGGCGGGAAAGUCUGUGACCUUGACCUGCGGGACGAUUGUUGAGCCGCAGGACUGUGUUGAAGACGCCGUAGAGGGCCCUCUGAUCGGCAUCUGGUUUUGUCCGGACGUCAGCUCCAUCACAAAGCUCGCAGAAAGGAUGAAAGUCGGCGAAGUACCUCCUCCUCCUCUCAAGAGCCCUCACACUAGCAAACCCAAGAAGAAGAAGCUUGCUCUUGUGAUUCACAUGUCUUCGAAUCAUAUCUUGUUACACGAGACCUACAAACAGCUUGUUGAAGAAUUCUGUGAGAACGAUGCAAAGCACGUGAUUCUCAACAGCCACACACAGAUUAUCUGUCAGCUCAACAAGGUUUCUCCAGUUUUCUUUCCUAUUCCAAAAGACAGUGAGAAGAAGGUCGAGCAGAGAAUGCAAGCUCUGGAUCAGAUCAAGAGAUGUGAUUGGAGUACCAGUGAUGUCAACAAAAAUCUCUGGCCAGCUUCCAUCAUGCUCAAGUUUGGCAUCAAACCGGCAAAGUACUCCGGGUUGUAUCACUAUGAUCCAUCAGUCCAACUCAAGAGCGUGUCCACUGAGAUUGAUGAUGAAAUAAUUUGCAAACAAACAACAGCUGCCACAAACAUUCCUCCGUCACUGCAAUCAAUAUCAAGGCAAUCUGCAGAAGUUUUGAUCCUUGGGACCGCUGCUUCACUCCCGGGGAAGUACAGAAACGUUAGCGCGAUCUUUGUAGAUCUGUUCGACAGGGGGGGGAUUUUGCUUGACUGCGGAGAAGGGACCUUGGGACAACUGGCUAGAUUUUAUGGAGAUGAGGAGCUGCGGGAAAUAAUCGCAAAGACGAAAUGCGUUUGGAUCAGCCACAUGCAUGCCGACCAUCAUCUUGGUGAGCUGCUUUAA